GAAAUUCCGUUGCAAUCUACACAGCUAAGAAUGGAUACUAAACUGAGUUGUGCUUUAAAAGCCAGCAAAGAGCUCAUAACAAAUUUGCAUCGUGAUGGAUUGGAUCGCGGGUGCAUUGCAACAUUUAAUAACUCUUUGGUGAUUAGACAGAGCUUUACUGAAGAUGAAAAAAAACUUCAUCGUUCUCUCGACGCGUUAAGAAAUGUUGCAUCUGGUGGAACUCGCCUUUAUGACAGUAUAUAUGACCUCAUGAUUGGAACCUUUCGUCGUAAAGGCGACCGUUCUCGUCCCUGGAUCAUGAUCGUUGUGACUGAUGGUAAUGAUAUUUGCAGCACAAGAAGCGCUCGGAAUUGCGCUAAAGAAAUCUUCAGUCAAUUUACUAGAGAUAGCAGCAAUUUCUUAUUUCUUGUUGGAGUCGGAGACGACGUGAAUUCGGCUAAGAUGGCAGAGGCAAGUUAUUCAAAUCACAUGAGUCUCCAAUUGUUUCUUGCAAACUUAAAUCAGAUGGCCAAUGAAGGCAAAUUUACCUAUGUCCCGGUCAAAGAUUUUUACCUACUUGAGUUUGUAUUCAUGACCCUCGCUCUCCAAGUUACCAACUCCAUCUCUGUUUCCCUCAACAGUCUCGCUAUCAAUAAUGUUUCUGCUACAUGGGCACAAGUUCAACAACACAGGCAACUCAGCAACGUUGCACUCGAUUACGCUUUGUUGAUUGAUGUAUCAGCAUCUAUGAGUGACAGAAUACGCGGGCCUCCACCGCCAAAAUGUUUUGAGGGACAUGAUUUGAAAGAGGCAUAUUUACGCGACUGGUAUUGUGAUGUAUGUGGAAUAAAUGGUAAAACCUCGACAUCAAAAUAUCAUUGUUCUAUCUGUAAUUUUGACGCUUGCCCUAGCCAUUGCGAGUCUGGUGUUGCAUGUAAACCUGUUCGUCGUUGUCCGCAACGUCACCCUUUGCGUUGCACACAAUCAGAGGGAAAAUGGGUAUGCGAUGAAGAUCGCCAGUUACAGAGAGGCGGGUUGCGUUUACGAUGUCAGCAAUGUGACUACGAUAUGUGCUUGGACUGCUUGGAAAAAGAGAAUUUGGUUAUUGAUCUGAUGGCGAGACUGCUCUUGCAAGACUGA